UUUGUCAGAUGUCAGUGACGAUAUCGAAUUCAUACAUUCUUGGUUUUAUGAAUUCGGACUAUUUUUAUAGAUUUUAUAUUAAUUUAACCAGCCUUUCCUCUGUAGAUGAGUGUGGUGUCGUUAUACGUGCCCUCAAAUAUGUAACUGUUGAGUCUAGUCCCAGAACCAAUGACCAAAAAUUUGUUAAAAGAUUUUGGAUAAAAGUGUUCAAAAAUGUCUUUACCCGGGAAUGGAAUCUUUGUGGUCCAGGGCGAGAUGGCUAUGCUGGUCACCGCUAUGCGAAGGAGUGCACGGUGGGGAUCCCACUCUUUCCCAAACGAAGAAUACGAUAUGCUCAUGCGAACCUUUCAAGACCUGAAAAUAAUUUUGAAUCAAGUCGAUGAUCUUCGUCUAUUAGAUCCUGGAACAUAUUUAAGCCCUUUCUUAGAAGUGAUACGAAGCAAGGAAACAACUGGACCCGUCACAAGCUUAGCACUAUCAUCUAUACAUAAGUUUUUAUCAUAUGGGCUGAUAGACCCCACACACCCAAGCGUUCCUGCCACAGUGGAGGAUAUAGCAGAUGCUGUGACACAUGCUCGGUUUGUUGGCACAGACCACUCAUCGGAUGGUGUUGUUUUAAUGAAAAUAUUACAAGUAUUACGAACACUAAUGCUGAGCCCUGAGGGUGCCAUGUUAACAGAUGACAGUGUUUGUGAGAUUAUGCUCAGCUGUUUCCGAAUUUGCUUUGAAACUAGACUUACAGAGCUUCUUCGUCGUAAUGCUGAACAGUGCCUCAGAGAUAUGACGCAGCUUAUAUUUAUGAGACUACCUCAGUUCUCUCCUGAAGAUAACAAUACUUUUACCACUAUUGGCUUGUCUCUAAAGCGAAGAGAUAAGGUUAACAAAAAGAAAUCCCUUACUAAUGCUCACAGUACAAACUCGUUGGACAGAAAAUCGCCAAUUACUGACGCUAUGGCAAAUGACACCCAAACCGAUACCGAAGCGAGUAAGGUCCCAGUUCUCAAACAAAGUCAAGACAAAGAUGUAAUAAAUGAAGAGGAGAUAACAAUAGAACCGGACGAAAUUAAACCAACGAGUAAGCAUGGACGCCAUUCUUCCAUGGACUUGGCUAAUGGAAACACACCUAUCAGUCAACUUCUAGAGAAAUGUGUCAAUUCUCACGAAAAGGAUGAAGUGACUACAGGCGAUGCAAAAGAGGGGGUUGAAGUGUCAGCCGAAUCGCUCGAAGCCCCGGAAAGUGCAGAAAGAGAUGUAAAGCAAGACAAUGCAAAAGAAGAAAAAGUUGAGGAAUAUGUCAACCAUCGGGGUAUAAGAUUCAUGGCCCAGGAUGAUACUAACCUGCAGCCGUAUGGACUUAGCUGCAUUAGGGAGAUAUUUAGGUUCCUAAUAUCUCUAUGUAACCCACUGGACACUCAGAACACGUCGGCGAUGGUACACCUGGGGCUGCAGUUGGUCGGAACUGCGUUGGAAGUGUCGGCCGAUAGACUAGCACAAUAUCCGUCAUUGCUAUAUCUAGUCAAGGAUCCGCUUUGUAGGAAUUUGUUGAGUCUUCUUGACACCGAAAGAAUAUCAAUCUACGCCCUGGAUUUACAAAUCUGGUUCCUCCUCUUCGAAGCUCUUCGCAUUCACUUGAAAUUUCAAAUGGAAGCAUUCUUCAAGAAGAUUAUAGACAUAAUAUCCACGGACACAACCAAAGCCAUCUACGAGCUAAAGGAAAUCCACCACAUCACGUUGGAGAAUUUGUCCCAGAUAUUUAGAAUUCCCGGCCUCUGUACGGAGAUGUACUUAAACUUCGACUGCGACGUUUACUGUAUGAAUGUUUUUGAGGAGAUGACGAAAUUGCUAUCGAAGAACGUCGUCUCUUCCACGGCGUAUAACAUCCACUCGUUGUCAUUGGAGGUGCUGAUGACGAUCAUUGAAGCGAUCGAAAUGGGGACGAGCCAAAAGGAAAGGAGUUUCGAGGAGAAGCUAAUUGUGGAGGAGAAGGGGGAGUUUGACCGUGGGGGACAUGUUACGUUGGAAUUGGGGGGACUGGAUGAUGUGUCGGUCGUCAGUGAUCACGUGACCCAUGAUAUUAGUCAGUAUUUCGGGGGAAGAAUGGGGAGACAUAAGCCGACGAUGGAACUGCCGACGGAGGCCGAGUUGGAUAAUAUCAAGAAUUUGAAGAAGUGGGUUACCCAAGGCACAGAGCUUUUCAAUCAGAAACCAGAACGCGGGAUAGAAUACUUGCAAGAACACGGCGUGCUGGCAACACCACUUGAUCCAAAAGACGUUGCCACAUUCCUAAGAGAAAAUCCUGAUUUAGACAAGAAAAUGAUUGGUGAAUAUAUAUGCAAGCGUUCGUCCCGUGGAGAAGAUGACGACGGACCGAGCGUAUUGACAGCGUUUGCGGACAGUUUUGAUUAUUCUCAGCUGCGAAUUGAGCAAGCUUUGCGGUUGUACCUCGAGACGUUUAGGCUGCCGGGAGAAGCUCCGCUCAUUUUCCUCGUUAUGGAGAAAUUCGCUGAACGAUGGCAUACAACGAACGGAUGUCCGUUCGCGAACACGGACGCGGCUUUCCGACUCGCGUACGCAGUUAUUAUGCUCAACAUGGACCAACACAAUCACAACGCGAAGAAACUCAACGUUCCAAUGACUCAAGAGGACUUUGUCAGAAAUCUUCGUGGGUGUAAUGGUUCAGGAGAUUUUCCUACUGACAUGUUGAAAGAGGUGUUCCACUCUAUCAAAAAUGAAGAGAUGGUAAUGCCAGCGGAACGAGUGGGUCCAGUCCGUGACGCGUAUUUAUGGAGAGUUCUUCAAAGAAGAGGAAAGACUCCCGCUGCAAUAUUUCGCCUGCUUCCACCUUUUCAUCCACAUCAUGCGAGGUUGCUACCUAUUGCGUGUCCGCCUGCUGUAACAGCCUUAUCAGCAGCGUUCGAACGCUCAACACCACCAACAGUGGAAGAGAUAGAGUCAAAUGCUCGCGAUUGUAGUGCUCUGAUAUCUCUGAACGGCUUAGAGAGAUGUGCGGCGUUGGUCGCAAGACUGCCGGCAGAGACUUUGACGCUGGAUACCUUGCUGCUGACUCUCUGCAAGUUCACGGGACUCUUGGCUCCUCAGCACGCUUCAUAUAUUGCUGUUGGGGUAUCUCUCGGCCAGUCAAGUAAAGCGCAGAUGGCGUUACGUCGCGCGUGCGCAGUUUGGGCCCAACACGCUGAGUGCGUGCGCACGAGUUGGCGACAUCUAUUGGAGAUCACCAAUACGUUGUAUAUAGGACGUUUAUUGCCUAAGUGUUUAGUAGAAGCAGAGGACUACCUGUCGUCUACUGGAACAGUAUCUUUAGUUCGGGAAGCGGCACGUGGAUCAGAAAGCGGUCUACUCUCUAGUAUCUACUCGUACAUAGCGCUCGGGGAAUCUGGUAUUCGUGCACCAACACCCCACGAGAAAGCCUUGAUAGAUGCAGCAAUGGAAUGUGUGGGGUCCUGCAACUUCCCGGGCCUUCUAGUAUCGGAGACGAAGUUUUUGCCUGUCGAGAGUUUACAGGAGUUAAUUCACGCAAUGAUAACGGUGGGAACUCCAGCGGAUUUCGACAGUUUACAGCUGAAUCCGCAAUUGGAAGAUAUAACGAUAUUCUUCUUCGAGCUGCUGGGCCAGACGCUUAUCCAGAAUCGCGACCGCCUGCUGGCCGUAUGGGAGGAGUCCGGUCCACAUUUAGAACGAGUAGUAUUCUGGGCGGCCAGUCGCGGUAACUACGCCCUGACCCGCGUAUUGACAGCACUUCUGCGAACAGCUGCGAGAUUGAUGCGAUGCGAGUUGUGCGCGCCCACCGUUCUGCUACACCUGCAACUGCUGUUCCGUUUGCCAUAUAAACUAUUCUACCAGCAGGCUGAUGUGAUAUCGUGUGGCGUAUACGAAAUAGUGAAAACGUCAGCACAGAACAUUCACAGUGGCGCUGAAUGGUCAGCCUUACUUUCCAUACUCAGUGCUGCUGGAGCUGGUGCCUGGCCCCGCGAUGCUUCUUUGCCUUCCGCAUCGAGUCGUUCUGAUGGAUCGGAAGAGGAGAUCGAGCGACGUCCAACAAGUGGAUCCUCUGACAGCGAGCUAUCGCAUUCACCGCAAACUCAAGGCUGGAUACUUGUUAAAAAUGAAGCGGGUAAAACCACAGAGGCGGUAGAAGUGGAGUUAGAACAAGUGACACUCAGAGCUCACCGUAGCUCUGCGCUUGCGCGUUGUGCCGAAGCUCUAGCCUUGGUUAUAAGAGACGUGGCUCACGUCACACCCCACAAUUGCCGGGCCGCUGUGAAGGCUGUACGGCUCUUGGCCAGAGCUACUUUACACUCUGGCAAGUCGAGCAAAUCGCGUUCUGGACGUAAGUCGGGUCGCGGUCGCGAUUCGAGCGACGAAGACGAUUCCCUGGACAGCUACCACAUGGUCAGCAUUCAGCUCCUUGACUUAAUGCACACCUUGCACAGUCGGACGGCGCAAAUAUUCAAAUGGUGGAGAGAUGAAGCUGACCAAGGACAAGGUGCUGAAGAAUACGACCUUUGGGAGGUCGCAUGGAAGCCCCUUUUACAAGGAAUUGCUGAGUUUUGUACUGAUAAAAGGAAGCAGGUGUCAAACAGUGCGAUAGCGUACCUCCAGCGAGCUUUGCUGGCUCCGGCACUGUCGUCCUUGGGCGGCGUUGGGUGGGAAGCCUGUUUCUCCUACGUCCUGCUUCCUUUGCUCACUCAGCCGCCGCCCAGACACGAGACCGCUGCUAGGGCGGACACGCUCAUGUGCAAGGUCUUCCUCCAACACUUACAAGCGCUCAGUGGUCGCGCGACAUUCGCGUCGCUUUGGACGAAGAUAGUCCGGGUUCAGCAAUCGCUCCUUCAGGCUUCGGCGGAACCUCUCAGAGAAGGCGCCUUGGAGUCACUCAAGAACAUGCUCCUCGUCAUGCAUUCUGUCAAGAUUUUUAGCAACGGCGAAGGCUACAACGACCUCUGGUACCUGACUUGGGACAUGAUUGGCGAGUUCUUGCCCAGCUUGAAGCAAGAGCUGUUCCCAGAUGUCAAUGACAACACGAAACCAACACAGAACCUGCCGAGCCACAUGCAGCCCUCCAUUCCCCAUUCACUUCCAACCCUCAUCCCGGUCGGAUCCAACAGUAUGUCCAAUAUUCAAUCCAGUCCAACUCACAUCCAGCGCCAAACCCCCAAUAUUUUAGUGGGACCAAAUUCUCCAAUCAAUUUGCCCCUCACCCCACCCGUCGGGCCGACUUUGGUAACUCCGGUUCCGGUAGCAGGCGCGGUGCCGGUGCCCAAUGACAACGAGAGGGUGAUCACUCCGAGUGGCCCGGUCGGUGGUAUGGUGGCCAUACGGAACCCGUUGUAUGACCAAUCUGCGCUGACGUCAUCAGUUUUAUUACAGCCUUUGAAUGAGAUGGUAUCGACACCAAUCGGGAUAUCGUUGCAGUCGCAAAAUCAGAAUCAUCCACAACCGGCCACAAGUCUACCCACCAAUGCCUCGAUUGACCCAAUCCCAGACCCUACACCCACCUCAAAGCCCCAAACCGAUACCUCCGAAGUACAACAUAGCGAAAUAUUUGCCGAGUAUCUCACCAACCCCUACCACGAUGUCGCAAUAGCGGCGAAGGAGGCGACACUCUACGAGCCCGAGUUAGGACCGAAGUCCUUCAGUGCAAAUGUCACCCCCAUGCACAGCAAUAAAGCUCAAUUUGGCUCGACGGACAACGUCAGGGAGUCGGGCAUGUUUAACUUCUCUAGUUAUUUCAGCUCCGGGAUAGGCUCAGAGUUUGAUGCGCUGAUGUCGACACAAGAGGGAUAGCGGGACGUAGAUAUUGGUACGUGGCUGUAGUGUGGGUUGAGAUUUUGGUCCAAUGGGGUUUUGUGUAUGGAAUAGUUUUUGAAGUUAUACUUCUUUUGCGGCGUUACGCCGUCACAAAAAGCCGACACCCUGCAGUUAGGUAUAGUCAUUUUAGUUUUUUCUAUUGAUAGUCUCGUUCAUCAAACGAACGAAGUUUUAAAAAGAUUUUUAUCUUGUUACGCCAAAGAAGUAUAACUUCUAAGGCGUAUAUAAUUGUAUAUAUCAUCAAAUUUUAGAAGGAAUACGUUACUGUGAAAUAUAUAACACUAGUUUUUAUAUCGCAAAUCAAAUCAAAUCAAGAUACCGUCAUAUGUGCGAAAAACUGUUUAAUAACUAGACAGUCUUUACACUUGGCAUUAAUAAAAGAUACAAUCUCUGCAAAUUCCUUGUUUCGCCUUUAAAAAUCGCCUUUUAUCUUCCUGUUAAGGUGGAAUUAGCAAAGGUAGCAAAAAUGAAUGGAAUUGUAACCAUGGGCGGAUCGUGAACUUGUGGGGCUCUGGACUAUUAUGGGGGGGCCCCGUAAUAGACGCACACGCGAAAAAAUACAUAGACCGAAAACACGCGACGGGGAAUUCCCCGUUCAUUCGAUUCGCUGAUCGAACGCGCAUCGUUGAUCGAUCUCAGGUAAACCAACAUUGGAUUGGAUUUUUUUAAAAUUGCAAAUAUGGACUGGGGGCCCUAAUUAUAAAAAAUAUUCUAUUGAGCCUAAUAUAGUCAUGUGUCUUUCUGAAUGUUGGCCUAUAUGUCAAAUAGGUUUUAUAAUAGUAUUACUACACUUUGUUUUUUUCCAUGUUCUUGUGUAUUUAAAAUAGUUAUUGUGAAAUUCCUAAAUUAGGCGUACACCUAAAGCAUCUGUCUCAUUCUAUCGUAGCAUAAAUACAAUUAAACAGAAAGAGUAUGAAUAUUACAGAUGGAAACAGUGUAAUGAGACUGAAAAGUUGGACGCUUUUCGUGUCUUUUCACAUUUCAAUUCAAAGACAUAAACAACACAAGGGUUAUAGACAAAUCAUUAAAGAUGUAGCAUAGAGUAUGUUUAUAUUUCGACUGUAGUCUGUGGACUUUUCACUUGUUUUAUUUCACAUUGUUUACAUUCCAAUGUUUUAUGAAAUGUUGUUUUUUUAUCCAAAUUUACCAGGGUUAAUAUAUUGUAAAUUGUGUAAUUAUAUAAAUAUUUAGUCUUUGUAUAGAGAGCUAUAUAUUACCUAUCGAUUUAAUGUUAAAUAUUUAUUAAUAAAAUGUGUU